CUUCAAUACGUUCAUUGUUGCCACAUUAAAAAUCUGAACUAAGGACGUAAAGCGCUUAGCGAAGUAACUUUGUAGUCGUACAUACCUGUAACGUUAGCCAGCACAACGACCCGUCCUAACCUCGAACCUCCAAAUCUUUACCUUUCCUCAUAUCGCCCAAAAGUCCAAAAGGAUUCACCGUUAUUUUCCACCACACGUCGACGUUGUUGUUGCCGGAUGCUUCUUCUUACGUUUUGAUGAAUCGCAUGGUAUGUUGUCCAAAUUUCUUUUUCUUUUAUCGCGCACAAAUCAGAUUUCGACUCAGCUUUUCGCCCCGGUGUACCCGUAAAAACAUCAAUCAGCAAUCAGCUUUACCCGUCUCGUCUUCCUUCAGCUUUGCCAUCCCCUUAAACUAACCAAUUUUUAUUCUUAUCUGGGCCACAGACAACAAUAUCAAUCUAUCCCUUCCUUUCGCCAGUACGUCUGAAUAUUUUCGAUCGCUUUUUUCCGACCGUGGGCAUAUUCUGUACGUGAGGUGAUUCGAGUCGCGUGCAUGAUCAACAGAAGGGGUCCGCUAAACCCCCCGACUCGACUCCUUCACCCUCCGCUUCCUCAUCCACACACUUCUAUUCCAUCUCGCAAUCUUCUGCCAUAGUCUUCCUCAUGACGGCUGUCGCGAGCCCGCCAACUUUUACUCAGCAUAAUCGGCCGGCAUGGAGUAUUAACGGCGGACACGCCGGUCAGAUCAAUCCCAUGAAUCCCGACGAGUUGAAUCGAAUGUUUAUGCCCCGAAAGAAUUUGCAGCGGAAUAAUUCGUCAUCCUCUAUUUCCUCCACAUCAUCAGUCUCUUCGACCUCGACUCUCGCCACCACCGGCUCCCAAACUAAUGGAAACUCGUUGCCAACUUCAGGUGAUAUGGGCGCAUGGAGUAAUGGUGCCGGAACUCGAAAACGCCCCCAACCAAAGGCCCCUUGGCCGUCUCCUAAACCAGACGCCCAGUCAGAUUUUGUGAGGAUGUCCGCCGGGCGUCCGCAGUUAGUUGCUGGCAUUAACGGUUCAGCACCCAUGCAUUCGCCUUCGCCGGUAUUACCCUCUCAGGGCCUUAUCGGAGCGCAACAGGCCAUGCCGAGACCUAUCACCGAUUCCAUGCCCGCUGGGAACCAGCCCGUACUUUAUCUUUUGUCGCUAAACGGAACCUUCGAGCGCAAGACAAUUUCUGUGCCCUUCUCCCCUGAGACCCUUAGGAUCGGUCGUCAGACGAAUGCCAAAACAGUUCCCACGCCGGUGAAUGGCUUUUUCGAUUCCAAGGUUCUCUCGCGUCAACAUGCGGAAAUUUGGGCUGAUCGCCAGGGAAAGAUCUGGAUUCGCGAUGUCAAGUCCUCAAACGGUACUUUUGUCAAUGGCACGCGACUAUCGCAGGAGAAUCGGGAAUCCGAACCGCACGAGUUGCAGACUUCGGACCAUUUAGAGUUGGGUAUCGAUAUUGUGAGCGAGGAUCAAAAGACGGUCGUUCACCACAAGGUGGCAGCAAAGGUUGAGCAUGCGGGUUUCCUAAACCCUUCGAAUAGUCUGCUUGAUAUGAACUUUGGCGAUCUUGAUCCUGCUAAUGGCUCGAUGAUGAUGAUGGGACAGCAAGGCGGUGUUCCUGUUCGACCACGAAAUGGGAGUCAAGCGUCUAUGGCGAGCAAUGGACGGAUUGUUCAGAACGGGGGCAUGAUGGGAUCACAGACAAACGUCAUGAGUCAUCAGCGAGGUCUCUUCUUUUCGCCGAUCAGCACCGAGCAGAUCGUAAAGCGACUUCAGCAUGAAAUGCGAACACAGCGGCUUCAGUCGCAAGACCUAGGCCGAACAAACCAAUUUCUCCAGGGGCUCCUAAGUAAAGACGACAUUAAAGAUAGCGAAAAACCUGAAUCGAUUGAGCAACCAAAAUCUCAAAUAAUUAAUGGCAAUGGGAUCAAUGGUAACGGAAUAUCGUUCAGAUCGGACAACAAAACUAGGUUCUCUGAUCCGCCUGCACCUCCGCCACAGCAGCCAUUACCUGAAAAGCCAGAUGUUCCGUCCCUAAAACGGGGCAUCACCGAACGCCCUAAACAAUCUAACAACCAGAAUAUGUCACCAAUCCGCCAAGACGGCAACACAAGCCAAAUCCUACAGUUGACGGAGGCUUUAAACAGUGCGAAGCGAGAGAUAGAAUCUCAGAGUUCCCGUAUGCGGGACCUCGAGGAAACUCUACAGAAAGAACGCCAGGCUCGGGAACUUGCCGAAGAGUUGGCCAGGAGACUAGAGGAAUCUGCCGCAGCGAAAACGAACGGUGUUCCCAUAAAGCCAGAAACCCAGGAGACUGCUCUUGAAGCAGCUUUUGAGCCACCUGUAGAUGAAACAUCGACACCGACUACCAACGGCACGACAGGCGAAAAUAUGAAGGCAGCACCUCAGGCAGAGGCUAUUGAAGCUUCCGCAACACACCUACAUGCUCAGAUCGAAUCGAUGGUGUUGGAAAUGAAAGAUCUACGACAUCAGCUAGAAACCUUCAAACAGCGAGCGGAGACGGCUGAAGCAGAGAGAGAUGCGGACCGCAAGAGCCUUGCUGAAAUGGCGUUGCAAAUCAGAAGAGACGCUGAAGCCAGAGAAACCGUCGCAAGAGAGAAGGCUCUAAUAGAUUCCCGAGCUAUCGAGGAUUCCGAGAAACCGAAUACGACGUCGAAGAAAUCGCCCACCGCAGUUAGAAAGUCCUCUACGGACUCGGCGCCGGACCAAGCAAGCCCUGGUGAACUUACUGACCAGCCAACGCUUUCGAGAGCCAAUACAAUAACACCACAAUCAGCGGCACCUGGCCUUCUAUCACAGAACCAGGCACUGACAGACAGCAUACCUUAUGCGUCCAUGAUGGGGGUGGUCAUUAUCGGUAUGGGCUUGAUGGCCUAUAUUAAUGGCUGGCAACCACAACCAAGACUUGAACGAUAGGCCGACUAUGCGCCAUGGAUCCGUAGAGAACUGCACCUUAGUGUCACUAUCAGGAUUGGCAAGAUAAUACGACUCACCCUCUACACCUCAACGAAUCCCAAUUCCCUUUGUACCUACUCUAUAAUAAGUUCUUUUGACGACAUAUCUUUAGAUAUUCGUCCUCUUGUAACAUGGCAUUGGUUUCGGAACAGGCGUUGGGGUAGCGGCAAGCGGUUACGUCAAGAAAGUCAAGAGUCUAUGGGAUCUUGCUUCUGAUUUUUCUUCUUCUUUCUUUCCUGUGUCUACGGUACAAAGCAUCAGGCGAUUAUUACGUGGUCGACCCCUUGGCCUCCCAAAGUUUUUAAGGGUUCAUUUGUGAUAGGAUAGGGGGGAAAACGAAAUAUGUCUAUUCGAGAUUGCCCUAUUACAACAUAGCGGCUAGCAAAAAAUGCAGUCUUUGCGCAUUUCGAAACUGUAAACUUGUUUCUACUAUUAGGUAACCGGGUCCAGUGAAAGUAAAGAAACGGGAGGUAAUGGGGGGGCAUAUCAUCACCAUAAAACCCCCCCUUUAGAGGUAGCAUAUGCGGCUUGUAUAUUGUAUGGACAAUGAAAUACUUUUUUUAUCCCA